AUGUCAGAUUUACCACCAACCAUGCGUGCCUGGGUCUACCGAGAAAAAGGCCACCCAUCCAAAGUCGUCAAGCUAGAAACAGACUUUAAAACGCCACAGCCAGCAGAUCUCGGAGCCGACGAGGUCUUGGUCGAGGUGCAUUACACUGGAUUUAAUGCCGUGAUCACGAUAUUAAUCCAAUCGCUCAACCCCCGGCCCUUUUCAUUUUUCCUCCCGCGGCGGGAUCGUGUCGCUGUUACCGAACUCGAGUUCGCUGGGCGCUUGAUUGCUGCCGGGGGAAAUGUUCUGGCGAGUAGACCGGAUUUAAAAAUUGGGGAGUUGGUGAUUGGGUUUGUAGAUGCCUCCAAGGCGAUAUUCACUGGGGCAGGUGGUUUGGCGGAGUAUGCUGUUGCGCCGGCAAAGACGGUUGUUCCGUACCACGUGCCAGGUGAAGAACAGCCAAAGCUGUCGAUAGAGGAAUGGGCUGGUUUGGGAGGUGUUGGAUGUACAGCGAUUCAAGUGAUUGACCGAGCUGGAGUGAAAAGUGGCGACAAAGUGCUCAUUAAUGGGGGUAGCGGUGGAGCAGGAGCAAUGAUGGUCCAAGUCACUCGGUCGGUCGUCGGUCCCAAUGGGCGUGUUGUGGCUACAUGUUCGGGUGCUAAUGUUGAGCUGGUCAAGAGCCUCGGUGCAGAUGAAGUAAUUGAUUACCGACAAUGUGCACCGCUGCAUGCAUAUCUCGCAGCAUCUGAACACGCACGAACACCCUUCGAUGCCAUUAUCGACUGUGUCGGGAUCCAGGACCUUUUCACUCAUUCCACGGCUUACCUCGCCCCAGGGAAGACGUUUUUGAAUAUUGGCGGAAUGGAUAUUGAGUACUCCAUGAAGGGGAUAUUGAAAGGGGUUUGGACGCAACUGUGGAAUCGGUUUUGUCCAAGAAUCUUUGGCGGCGUGCCGAGAUGGUAUCGAUUCUAUAGUGCUACUCCUGAUGUGGAGUCUCUCGAGCGAUUAAGGAAAUUGGUUCAAAAUGAAGAGGUGAGACAGGUUGUUGAUUCCAUAUGGGGCUUUGAAGAUGUGCCAAAGGCAUAUGAAGUGAUGCAAAGCAAAAGAGCAAAGGGAAAGAUCAUUGUUCGUGUGAGGAAUUAA